AUGGACGUGAAGGUGCCAUACGCGACGGCGGGAGCAGACGAGGAGGUGGCGAGGCAGCACUACGUGCGCCUGCCGACUCCGCCGCAGUCCCUCCUGGCCCGCGCCACAGAGGAGGCCAGGGAAGAGGUGAAGGACGGUGGUGGUGCCCAGACGACGCUCCCUGCUUCCGGGGGCCUGCACCUCUUCCUGCCCGACGAAAUUACUCUCCACGUAUUCGGCUUUUUGGACGCACGGUCGCUGUGCCUUGCGAGCCAGACCUGCUUGCGAUGGUACACGGUGGCGCACGACUGCAACGGGCUGGGUCCGGCUCUGAUCCACAGGAAGCAGCUGCAGGCCGUCAACCACCAGGUCGCCCUGUGCCGAGCGCAGCAGCAGGGCGGAGGAGGAGGAGCCAAGGCGGUCACGCCACCCGUCGCCGGCUCACCGGUCACGCCUCCGCGGGUCGACGCCAAGGGCCAACCUAUGUCUCUGGAACUGCUGGAGGCCUACGUGACGGCCAAGCAGAGCGAGCUCAGGUCGAACGUGCUGGACGCUAGGCCCGAGCUGGCGCAUCUGCUAUCCAUUCUAACUGGGCAACUGAACGAGACCCUCGCCGCGUUGCGUGAGAUCGCCGAGGUCAAGAAGACCAUGAACGAAAACUUUGACAUCUUUGAGCUCACCCUCCGGAGGUACCACUUCCAGUUCGUGGAGAUGUUCCCUCUCGCGACCGACACCAAGAAGAAGCGGGAGCCCAUCUCUCUGAUCAUCGAGGACCCCACCGCUCGCGCCUUGUGGGACCAACACGUUGGAAAGGCGGUCUAUCUCUGCGACUUUGAGGAAUUCUUCCAGAACGUGGUGCUGAAGGCGUAUGGCAGCACGGACCAUCUGGAGGAGAUGCGCUACUGCAUGGCCUACUUCCUCAACUUCCCUCGCGACAACACGGUGACGGUGUACAAGUGGCACAUCCUCACCAGACUGUUCGGACCCUGGGAUUCGUUCUUCGACAACAUCAAGCUCUACGUCAUGGGGCAGGGCUUCCUCGGCCUCAUCAACCGCAUUCGAGCCGAGGAACUGCUUCGGGCGGCACCCGACCAGCUCCUCAUUCGCUUCAGCCGCACCAUUCCUUGGGCUCUGUCGCUGACCGAACCAAUGCGCGAACAAAAGGCGUUUUCCUAUCGCACGAAGGGGUCGAGCUCAAGCACAAAUGAAGCCAUUGGCAAGUUCCUUACUGAGCUGCGGAAGAGCAAUCCCGGCCUGCGUCUCAUGCCCUUCAAGCUCAACGGAAAGGCGGUGUACGAGAAGGGCACCGUAUCGGGGUACUGUGACGAAGCCAACACCUACAUCAGCCGCUCGUAG